AUGGCGGUCCUUGAACGGGUUCGCCUUCUUGCCAGGGUCAGUCGUCCUAUAGGCUGCCUACUGGUGUCUUCCACCUACUUUCUAGGCAUCAUACACUCCGGUAGCUAUCCUGAGCUUCUGCCGGGGAUACUACUCGCCCUUGCGUUUUCGUUCCCUCUCUGCAUAGUCCUUUUUGGAGUAAAUGAUGUCUACGACCACGAUUCUGAUAUGCUGAACCCUCGCAAAAAGGAUACAUGGGUUGAUGGUGCUCGUCUGCAGAAGGCUGAUCAUCAGUUUGUCCUCUCUGCCUCUAAAGUCGCAUCCGUCCUCGUUCUCCUUCUCACGCUCCCGGCUGCUCUUCGGUCACCUCUAGUUAUGGGAUACAUGGCGUUAACCCUACUGAUUGCCUGGACAUACUCGGCGCCACCACUGCGGUUGAAAGAAAGGCCCGUCAUAGACUCGUUUUCCAACGGUAUAGCUUGCUGGGCGGCAUGGGCGUGCGGAUACGUCUGCAGUGGUGAUAAGGACCUAACGCACUAUUCCAGCGAUGUUUUGCGCAACGGUCUAUUCAUCUUCUUCAUCGGUUCUGCGUUCCAUGCAAUGGGGGCAUAUACAGAUCAGCACACAGAUGCUGAUGUAGGACAGAAGACAAUAGCCACCGCACUUGGCAGUAGGCUUACUCUUAUCUUCACAACUUUGUGCCUCAUGAUUGGUGCAGUAUUGGUAGACCCGUGGUCCGAUAUUGCCAUAUGCAGUGUUGGCAUCUCCAUUAUCCCAUUAUUGCUUCUGGUUACUUGCCCCACGCCGUCUCUUCAGCUUGCCAUUACUCGAUGUUUUGCCCUAUCACUGGUCCUCGGCAUACCAAUCUGGGAUUUGAAAACAGCAUACUUUAUUCAUAGGGGCUGGGACCCUUUGCGGACGUGGUAA